UGGCGUCUUUUCGUGCAUGUUUCUGCAAAGUUUAAAAUUUUAUUAAUUUUACUUGUAUUCAUUUUAUCAUUUUAAUUAAUGUGUAAUUAGUGAUCAUUGUGAAAAACCCUAUUCCUGUUUUUGUUAUUUUAAGUUUCAUCUUUUAGCUCCACACGGUAUUUGAAUCAUGAGUAAUUACGAUGAUGAUCAAAGUGAGGAUGGUGAAUUAGCACGCAGCCCUGUUCAGGACGAAAUGGAUUUCAGUUUGUCGGAUGAAGAUCGUGAUAAUGCCGACUCUUUGGUGAUCAAGCCACCUCAGGCUGUAAUUAACACAUCACAUAAAAGGGGUCACAAGAGGUCCAACAAAGAUAGAUACAAGGAUGGUGGCAGAAAAGAAAAGAAACAUCUUUAUAGGGAACGUGAUAAGGCAGAUAAAUCUAAAAGGGAUUUCACCAAAAAUCCAGACCGGGAAGACAUGACCAAAGAAUAUUAUAGAGAAAAACAAUACUAUAAAGAAACUUAUCGAGAAAAAGAACCUUAUAGAGAGAAGGAAGUCUAUAAAGAAUCAUUUAGAGACAAGGAUGUUGCUUACAGGGAAAAAGAAGCUUAUAGAGAAAAGGAUGUUUAUAGGGACAAAGAAAUGUACAGGGAUAAAGAGACAUAUAGAGAUAAAGAAGCUUAUAGAGAAAACAAAGAUAUUAGAGAGAAGGAAUUAUAUAGGGAGAGGGAAAUCAGAGAAAGGGAUAUGUAUAAGGACAAAGAUAUGUACCGAGAAAAAGACUCUUACAGGGAAAGAGAACAUUAUAAAGAGACAUAUAGAGACAAUACUUCAUUCAGAGAAUCAACUAGACCCCGAGAAGCAUACAGAGAUAAGGAAAUAUAUAAAGAUAAAGAAGUUCAACGAGAACGGGAUAUGUAUAGACAGUACAAAUAUACUGAGGCUGAACGAAAACGUAUUGAUACUGAAAGAAUAGAAUCAAGACUGAGGUUAUUAGCAGAUGAAAAUAGUACCAAUCAAAAUAAUGAGAAAGAAAAUAGAGACAGAUCUUCAGGGGAUAAAGAGUUGGAAGAUUUGAGAUCUAGAUUACUUAGUAAAAGGAAAUCUAAGGAGUUACAGACCCAAGACACAAAAAAGCAGUCAAGCUUUAUGGAAAAAGAAGGAAGAUCAGAUCGCCACUCAUCUUUGGAUAAACAUCAACAAGAGAGAAGAAAAAGAUUAAUAGAAGCAGAUCGUGAAAUGGAGAAAAGGAAGUAUGAAUCGCGCCAUGAACUUGAAGCUAGGCGAGAGGAACGUCGCCGUCGAGGCAAAAAGCGCUCAGUAUCACCCAAUGAUCCAUCUACCAAAAAGACGAAAACUAAUCAUUCUCCUAAUUAUGGUGAUUCAGUUGUAACAGUAUCUGAUGCUAGUGAUGUAGAAAUGAAAAGUGAAUCUCUACAUUCUGAACCAGAGGAAGGUGAACAUUCCAACACUGAAACAGACAGCUCUAGUACAGACUCAGAUUCAGAUGCAGAUUCCAAGACUGAAGAAGAAGAAGAGAAUAAAGAGGAAGAAAAACAAAAGGAAGAUGAAAAAGAACAAGUAACUGAAAAAUCCAAACCCAAAUCAAAAUCUCCCACUCCCAAGUCAGAACGGGGUACCCCAUCAUCCCAUGAAUCGAGAAGAUCACAUUCUAGAUCUAAGAGUAGAAGCAGAUCACAUUCCUUUUCUCCCCCACCUCCUGGAGAGAACGGCAAACCUGCUGCUGAAGAAGAAAAAUCUAAAGAGGAUGAUGAGAAAACAAGGAUUAGAGAAGAAGCUAUUAAUGCUCUGCCUCCUUAUUUUCCAGCCUUACAGGGUUGUCGAUCGGUAGAGGAGUUUCAAUGUCUCAAUAGAAUAGAGGAAGGCACAUAUGGAGUUGUUUACAGAGCCCGCGAUAAAACUACCGAGGAAAUAGUCGCUUUAAAACGACUAAAAAUGGAAAAGGAAAAAGAAGGAUUCCCCAUCACAUCAUUGAGAGAAAUUAAUACAUUGCUCAAGGGCCAGCACCCGAAUAUAGUGACCGUGAGAGAGAUAGUAGUCGGCUCUAACAUGGACAAGAUAUUUAUUGUAAUGGACUAUGUAGAGCAUGACCUCAAGAGUUUGAUGGAGACUAUGAGAGGGAAAAAGCAGGUGUUUCUACCAGGAGAAGUUAAAUGUUUAAUGACGCAGUUGCUCAAAGCGGUUCAUCAUCUUCACGACAAUUGGAUAUUACACAGGGAUCUCAAAACUAGCAAUUUACUACUAUCGCACAAAGGAGUAUUGAAGGUGGGUGACUUCGGUUUGGCCCGUGAAUAUGGCUCUCCGCUAAGACAAUACACACCAAUAGUAGUGACGCUGUGGUACCGUGCACCGGAGUUAUUACUCUGUUGCAAGGAGUACUCGACACACAUUGACAUGUGGAGUGUCGGUUGUAUUUUUGGUGAAUUUAUCUCGAUGAAUCCUCUGUUUCCAGGGAAAUCGGAAAUAGAUCAAUUGAAUCGUAUUUUUAAGGACUUGGGAACUCCAUCAGAGAGUUUAUGGCCCGGUUAUAAUGAAUUACCUGCUGUCCAAAAGAUGACGUUUGCUGAACAUCCUCCCGGUGGAGUACGUAACCGUAUUGGACAAGAUCUCUUGUCUGAAGCCGGAAUGUCGUUACUACAAAGUUUUCUCACUUAUAAUCCUACCAAGCGGAUAACAGCGGACUCGGCGCUGGAGCAUGCAUACUUCAAGGAGCAUCCGGUAGCAAUAGAGCCGGCCAUGUUCCCCACAUGGCCCGCCAAGUCAGAGGGUAAUCGCCGCACCACACACAGCCCGAAGCCGCCGGCGGGUGGAGCUGCCUAUGCGCAGUAUUCGCGCGCAGACUCCGACGAAGCUCUUGGUUUCCACGUACAACAACGUUCCGUAAACGUUGCUCCGGGAUUCUCUCUUAAAUUUUAGUAGUGAAGCCACUUUUACAUU